GGCGGAGCGCGCAGCCGCGCAGCGGUGGGAGGACUGCGGGGCUCUGGAGGCCAGCUGCAGAGCUUGUGGAGGCCAUGGGGCGCGCCGUCGCGGAGCUCGUCUCCUCGCUGCUGGGGCUGUGGCUGUUGCUGUGCAGCUGCGGAUGCCCCGAGGGCGCCGAGCUGCGUGCCCCGCCAGAUAAAAUCGCGAUUAUUGGAGCCGGAAUUGGUGGCACUUCUGCAGCCUAUUACCUGCGGCAGAAAUUUGGGAAAGAUGUGAAGAUAGACCUGUUUGAAAGAGAAGAGGUCGGGGGCCGCCUGGCUACCAUGAUGGUGCAGGGGCAAGAAUAUGAGGCAGGAGGUUCUGUCAUCCAUCCUUUAAAUCUUCACAUGAAGCGUUUUGUCAAAGACCUGGGUCUCUCUACUGUUCAGGCCUCUGGUGGCCUACUGGGGAUAUAUAAUGGAGAGACUCUGGUAUUUGAGGAGAGCAACUGGUUCAUGAUUAACGUGAUUAAAUUAGUUUGGCGCUAUGGAUUUCAAUCCCUCCGUAUGCACAUGUGGGUAGAGGACGUGUUAGACAAGUUCAUGAGGAUCUACCGCUACCAGUCUCAUGACUAUGCCUUCAGUAGUGUCGAAAAAUUACUUCAUGCUCUAGGAGGAGAUGACUUCCUUGGAAUGCUUAAUCGAACACUUCUUGAAACCUUGCAAAAGGCCGGCUUCUCUGAGAAAUUCCUCAAUGAAAUGAUUGCUCCCGUUAUGAGGGUCAAUUAUGGCCAAAGCACGGACAUCAAUGCCUUUGUGGGGGCAGUGUCACUGUCCUGUUCUGAUUCUGGCCUUUGGGCAGUAGAAGGUGGCAAUAAACUUGUUUGCUCAGGGCUUCUGCAGGCAUCCAAAAGCAAUCUUAUAUCUGGCUCAGUAAUGUACAUAGAGGAAAAAACAAAGACCAAGCACACAGGAAAUCCAACAAAGAUGUAUGAAGUGGUCUACCAAAUUGGAACUGAGACUCGUUCAGACUUCUAUGACAUCGUCUUGGUGGCCACUCCAUUGAAUCGAAAAAUGUCCAAUAUUACUUUUCUCAACUUUGAUCCUCCAAUUGAGGAAUUCCAUCAAUAUUAUCAACAUAUAGUGACAACUUUAGUUAAGGGGGAAUUGAAUACAUCUAUCUUUAGCUCUAGACCCAUAGAUAAAUUUGGCCUUAAUACAGUUUUAACCACUGAUAAUUCAGAUUUGUUCAUUAACAGUAUUGGGAUUGUGUCCUCUGUGAGAGAAAAGGAAGAUCCUGAGCCAUCAACAGAUGGAACAUAUGUUUGGAAGAUCUUUUCCCAAGAAACUCUUACUAAAGCACAAAUUUUAAAGCUCUUUCUGUCCUAUGAUUAUGCUGUGAAGAAGCCAUGGCUUGCAUAUCCUCACUAUAAGCCCCCGGAGAAAUGCCCCUCCAUCAUUCUCCAUGAUCGACUUUAUUACCUCAAUGGCAUAGAGUGUGCAGCAAGUGCCAUGGAGAUGAGUGCCAUUGCAGCCCACAACGCUGCACUCCUUGCCUAUCACCGCUGGAACGGGCACACAGACAUGAUUGACCAGGAUGGCUUAUAUGAAAAACUUAAAACUGAGCUAUGAAGUGACACAGUCUUUUUUCCCCUCCUAGUUCCAAAUGACUAUCAGUGGCAAAAAAGAACAAAAUCUGAGCAGAGAUGAUUUUGAACCAGAUAUUUUGCCAUUAUCAUUGUUUAAUAAAAGUAAUCCCUGCUGGUCAUAGGAAAACACAUGGUUCUAAUUAAGUGUGAAGGUAUAGCUAUUGCACUUAUGCCAUCUCCAAAAUUUCUUAAGUAUUCUUUCAUUGUCCAUUAGUUUUUCUUAAACUUGUCUGAUAAUAAGAAUCACCUGGAGUUAGGAGGUGGCGGUUGCAGUGAGCCAAUCGCACCAUUGCACUCAAGCCUGAGCAACAAGAGCAAAACUCCGUCUCAAAAAAAGUAAAUAAAAAUAAUCACCUGGAGUUUGUUAAACCAUAUGGAUUCUCAAGCUCCUCUCUUGAAGAUUCUGAUUCAGUAGGUCUGGGGGUGGGGCCCUGAAUUUUGAUCAAAAUUGUAGAGCAUUUUAAGGUGAGUACCUGAGGGAGAACUUAAAAGACAUCUUAGUUGGGGAGUAGUCCUUUUGAAUUUUACAGCUAGAUAUAAUCUUCAGUCAGAUAAAAUUUAUGGGAGCUGGUGUCUUAUGCCUGACUCUUAGUAAUUUCAUACCGGUUUGAAGUACGUGUGCCCAUGCCUAAAGCCUUGACUUUCAGAAUGUUGUCUUUCGAUUCUUCUGUCUUGAUUUGAUUAGGGGUGAAAUUUAGAAGUCUUAGAAUGUAACUUGAAGAUGUUAAACAAAAAUCUCAAGUAAAAUGAAAAGCAAAUAUGGGCUACUGAAUUAAGAAACUGGCAUUCUAUUAUUAAAUCCUCACUUCAGGAGCUUUUAAAAAUAUUGAGAGACCCCCAUAACCAGAGAUUCAGAUUCAAAGACUGAGGAUAGGACCUUAGCAUUGUAGCUAUUUAAAGUUUCUAAUGUGCACCCAGGGUUGAGAAUCACCAGUGUGGGUGUGAAAAUGCCUACAAAGGGUUUUAGUGCCUUAGAAGUCCUAAGAAACCCAAUCUGUAUCAAAGCAGAUCCAUUUUGCAAGGAUCUUUCUCUUAGUUCUUUCUCUUAGUAAGAACUUUAGAAGUAAUCUUGAUAAUAAGAAGCACAGACAGCCUAACAGCAGAGGCAACUUAAAUAACUCCUGAGCAGUUGGCACUAGAACAGAAUACUUGGAAUGACACCAAAGUUAGCCAAGUCCAGCAUAUGUCCAAAGAGUUAAGUGUUUCAUUUACUUUAGCAUUCUGGGUGAGAAAUUGGUUGCUGAAAUCUUAAGACAGUGGCUGUCAACCUUGGCUGCACAUUGGAAUCACCUGUAGGGUUUUAAAGCAUCCAAAUGGUAAUUAACAGGCAGCGAAACUUGAGAACUAGUUCUGCAUCUACUGUACAAAGAUCAUGAUUAACUGUCAAGACACUGGUAGAACAGAACAAGCAAAAGAUUAAGAAUUCAAAAGUAAAUGCAACCAAUUUAACAUGUAGUGUUAUUAAAAAAUAAAAAGGCCUAGACCAGCCUGGGCAACAUGGUGAAACCCCAUCUCUACAAAAAAAUUUUUAAAAAGUUGGCCAGGCAUGGUAAUGCGCGCCUGUGGUUCCAGCUGCUCAGGAGGCUGAGGUGGGAGGAUCACUUGAGCCUUGGAGGUCAAGGCUGCAGUGAGUCAUGAUCAUGCCACUGUACUCCAGCCUGGGCAACAGAGACCAUCUCAAAAAAAAAAAAAAAAAAAAUCCUUCCAUUGAAUAGAAACUUAGUCUAUCAGAUCAUGGCAUUAGCUACUUUAGCAAAAUAGUGUAAACUUUGGUUCUGAGUAAAAAUGACUACUUCCCUACCACAGUUGUGAAUGUUAAUAUGCUGAUAAAACUGCCAAGAUAUAUUUGAUAGGUAGGGGAUUAAACUCAUGAUUUGUCAAAAGGGUUUUUUUUUUCUAGUUUUAUUCUUAACAGAUACGUUGAGGUAUUCAUAUUUGUUUCCUUUUGUGGUUUUAAUGAAGACAAUUUGUAAGUAAUACUGUUAUGUAUAUGCUAAAUAUUGGUACAUACUAAUUAAUUCCUGUCAUUUGUAGACUUGUUUUGCAAUGGGAUAUAUUUUUACUUAUAAUACCAAUUUAGGCUGGGCACAGUGGCUCACGCCUGUAAUCCCAGCACUUUGGGAGGCCAAGGCAAACGGAUCAUGAGGUCAGGAGAUCAAGACCAUCCUGGCCAACAUGGUGAAACCCCAUCUCUACUGAAUAUACAAAAAUUGGCUGGGCAUGAUGGCACAUGCCUGUAAUCCCAGCUACUGUAAUCUCAGCUACUUGGGAGGCUGAGGCAGGAGAAUUGCCUUAACUGGGAGGCAGAGGUUGCAGUGAGCCGAGAUCGCACCACUGCACUCCAGCCUGGCAACAGAGUGAGACUCUGUCUCAGGAAAAAACAAAAAAAACAAACACCAAUUUAGGCUGGGCAUGGUGGCUCACGCCUGUAAUCCCAGCACUUUGGGAGGCUGAGGCAGGUGGAUCUCUUGAGGUCGGGAGUUUGAGACCAGCCUGGCCAACAUGGUGAAACCCUGUCUUUACUAAAAAUACAAAAAUUAGCCAGGCAUGGUGGCACGUGCCAGUAAUCCCAGCUACUUGAGGGGCUGAGGCGUGAGAAUCGCCUGAACCCUGGAGAUGGAGGUUGCAGUGAGCAGAGAUCGCACCACUGCACUCCAGCCUGGGCAAGAGUGAGACCGUGUCUCAAAAGGAAAAAAAAAAUUAAAAAUGUUGCUGGUAUUACAUCAAACCCUACUCUGGAUAAAUUUUCCAGUAGGGCAUCUGAAAUUGCUUUGGCAAAACCAAAACACGUUAUCAAUACACCAAGGACAUUAAGUAGUUUUAAUGCAACUACAGUAUUGAGUACUUUUUUACGGGAGAAAAAUUCUAGCAGAACCUGCUAACUCCGGGCGCAUUAGGUAGUUUUAUGCAACUAUAGUAUUAAGAGUUUUAUUGGAAGAAAAGACACUGUCAGAGCUCGCUGAUCCAGACCACUCUUUUUUUUUUUUUUUUUUUUUUUAAUAGAAGAGACUGGUAAAAAUGAUGCAGGGGCUGAAUGAAAGCCAGCUGUGCUCCAGCGGUUCUGAGUCGAGCAUGCAUCAGUUACCUUAAGGGCUUGUUAAAACAUUGCUAGGCUCCAUCCUGUUUAUUCAAUAAGUUUGUUGUGGGAUAUAAGAAGUUGCAUUUUAUUAAGUUCCCCAGUGAUGCUGCUGUUCUACUAUAGGAACCACACUUGAACUAGUUCUACAAUUCAGCUGUAUGUUUGUUGUAAAAAAAAAAAAAAGAGUCAACGAAGAUUUACAAAGAGCUGCUGAAAAAUGGAGUAACACGUGUAUGGGAUUUCACAUCAGUUCUCCUUAUUGUGAUUGUUAGUUUGAUCCCUCUUGUUGUAAACAUUUUCUAUAAUUAGGAAAUGCCAUUUAAGAGAGAGAGAGGUAUAUAUCUAUGAGCCAUUGUACUUGGUGUUUUACAAUAACUUUACUAUACUUGUGUGUAUUUCGUUCUGUACAGUUUAUAAGUGAUUCAUGAUUUGCAGGCUUUUUAUCAUCACAAAAAAAUCAGCCUUAAGCAUUUGCUUGGUAAGGUUUCAUAAGAUUAGGUUUAUAAUACAAUCAUCUGUAAUGUAUCUCUCGUUUGAGUUUGUAGGCCAUACAAUUCAUUAACUAGAUGAAUACAUUGUGGACAGCAUCCUUGCUACCCUUCUCUACUCACAAAGAAAGAACCAUGAUACACUGGAAUGUUUUUCUCUGGAAUCCUCUUUCUACUCUUGUAUUAAAAUUUUUCCCCACUUCAUGAUUAUGUUCAAAAUAAACAACUACAUCAUUA